AUGGCGCGCAUCGUUAAAGAGAAAGUGGCUGUCGCGCCUACGGGAGUGCUACCAUUGUCGCGUUGGCCGAAAGCAUGCUGUCAACGGGGCUUCAAAUCUUCCGGUGAGACGAAGAGCACACAAGCGCUGGUGUGCUCGUGUUUACAAUGGCCGCCACCGGCAUCCCGGCUGCGAACAUCGCGGCCGCCUCGCUGCUCGCCUAGCGCGCAAUGUAAAUAUUUUGCAGAGAGUUUAUCGGCGCCUGAGCACGCAACAGACCUCCCCCCCCCCCUCCGCGCAUGCCCCCCCUCCACUCUCCGGCCCUCGGCAACAGCGCACCGCACGCGGCCUAGAAAGUUU